UGCUGGCCCCAGCAGCUGUCUGCUACCUGGGCUGCCGAGCGGAGAUGGCCGUGGACCUGGCAGCAGAGAGGACCAGAGGGAGCUCGAAGUCACACUCCCAUGCCUCAUCCAGGGCUUUCUUCUCCCGCUCUAACCUGUGGCUGUGAUGGCAGCCCCGUCUUUGUCCUGGUGUCUGGCCCUGCUCAUCCUCCUCCUACCCCUGGCAUCCAUGGCUGUGAAAGACCCUUCCCAGCUCUCCUGCUUCUACAACUCAAGAGCCAACAUCUCCUGUGUGUGGAGCCUGGAGGGGGGUCUGCAGGCCACAGCCUGCCACAUCCACGCCCAGUCGAACAGCCGGCUGUUUUGCUCUGAAAGGCCCUGGAACCUAACCUGUGAGCUGCUCCCGGUGACUCAGGCGUCCUGGGCCUGCAACCUGAUCCUCGGAUCCCCAAACUCCCAGAAGCUGACCUCAGCUGACCUCGUCAACAUAAGCGUGAUGUGCUGGGAAGGGGAGCGAUGGCGGAUGGUGGUGACACAGGACUUCAGGCCUUUUGAAAACCUCCGCCUGCAGACGCCCACCUCCCUGCAAGUGAGCCACGUGGAGAGUCACCGAUGCAACAUCACCUGGCACGUCUCGCAGAUCUCACACUACAUUGACCGAGACUUGGAGUUUGAGGUCCGGAAAAGGUCCCCAGGCCACAGCUGGGAGGAGGCCCCCGUGCUGAGCCUAAAACAGAGACAGCAGUGGAUCCAGUUGGAGAUGCUCGACCCCAACACCCCAUAUGAGCUUCAGGUGCGGGUCAGGCCCCAAAGAGGCGACCACAGCGUCUGGAGCACCUGGAGUCAGCCACUGGCCUUCAGGACCAGGCCUGCAGACCCUGGGAAGGUCCCGGAGCUGCCUUGGUUCGGCCACUUCACCCUGGGCCUUGGCGUUGUUGUCAGCUUUUUGAUCUCCGUCUACUUCUUGGCCAAAUUCAGGCACAUUGGGCCCUGGUUGAAGAAAGUUCUAAAGUGUCACAUUCCAGACCCUUCCGAGUUCUUUCCCCAGCAUGGAGGAGACGUUCAGAAGUGGCUCUCGUCGCCCUUGCCCUCGUCCUCCUUCAGCCCUGCCGGUCUGGAGCCAGAGAUCUCUCCCGUGGAGGUGCUGGACAGAGAUGCCAAGGCCACGCAGCUCCUCUUGCUGCAGCAGGACAAGGCAUCGCCACCCUUACCCUCGCCCAGCAGCUACUCCCAGACCAGCUGCUUCACCAACCAGGGCUACUUUUUCUUCCACCUCCCAGAUGCCUUGGAGAUCGAGGCCUGCCAGGUGUACUUCACCUAUGACCCCUGUGCAGAGGAGGAGCCUGAGGAGGGUGUGCCCAGGCUGCCUACGGGGUCUCCCCUCCCAUCCCUGUUGCCUGGGUCUGGAGAAUAUGAUGCCUACUGCACCUUCCCCCCUGGGGACGACCUGCUGCUUUUCUCUCCCAGUCUCGUUGGUGGCUCAAGUCCUCCACACACUGCCCUUGGGUGUAGUGGGGCCCAUGAAGAGAGGCUGCCCUCUGCCCUGCAGGAGGGAUGCCCCCGAGACUGGGGCCCCCAGCCUCUGGGGCCUCCUGCCCCUGCAGUCCCUGGCCUGUUGGGUUUGCAGUCGCCUGUGGAGCUACUGUUGGGAGAGGCUGGGGCAGAGGUUCCUGUUCCCCACCCUGGGGAGGGGGCUGGUCCCCCUGGGACCAACCCUCCUGGGCAGGGCCAAGGCAGGGUCCCUACCUCUGGCCGAGCUCUGAACACUGAUGUCUAUCUGUCCCUCCAAGAACUCCAGGCUCAGGACCCAGCUCACCUGGUGUAGACAGGUGGCCAGGGGUGUGAAGCAGGUGGCUGCUGGCUGAAGCACCAGUCCUGAGGAGGACCUGUUGAGGCCUCCAUCCUUGAGGACGGUUCACAGCUGGGGAAACUCUGUGACAGCUGCCUCUGGUCGUCUCCACCCAGAUGGCCCCCCACCCAGUCCUACCCACUCAGCCCCGCACUGUUAAAGAUCACUUGUUGCUUCUUGGCCCCACAGCCCACACCAGGAGCUGGGGCUGGGCAGGGGGAGGUUUAAUCAUGGAGUCCUGUGAAUUUUGUCUCUGAAACAUGACUCCUUUCCCACCUGAAGAUGUGAGCCAGCAUCAGUCACCAUGGCUCUCUAGGGGCCUUCACUUUGCCCUCCUCACUGGACUUCCUGCUUCAGUUUCACCCUCUCCCACCCACCUUCACAAGGCAUCUAGUGCAUGCACUCCAAACUCAACAUGGCCACGCUCCUCCUCUGCUGAAAACCCGGCCAUGGCUCCCUACUACCCUUAGCACCACUUCCUGACCUGGCACCUGCCCCUCCAGCAUCACGUGAGGACAUCCCCUGUGGAACCCUCACAAGGCUACUACUUACUGAGCCUGCCCAGAGCUUUUGCAUGUGUCAUACCCUGUGCCUCUCUGUGACAAGUCUCCCUUGUAUGUCAGUUUGGCACCCCUGGAGGGAAAGGCUGCCUCCUUAAAGUGCCCAAAUUUGCAGAUUCAGUCUGGAGAAGUCUCUCCAGGGCAGCUGGAGAAAGAGGUCCUGUCACUUCUCCCCCAGUGGCUCCUGACUUCAGAAUUCUUGGCUCAAGUGUGGACACAAAUCCUCUGAAGACGGCUCGCUUCGGCAGCACAUAUACUAAAACUGAAACGAUACAGAAAUCCAGAGAAGAGGAAAAUGGUCCCUGUGCAAGAAUGACAUGCAAAUUCGUGAAGUGGUCCAUAUUUUUAAGCACGAUAUAUUUAUAGGUAAAAUACCAAGGCAAAAUCCCCACGGAGAAAUGAACAGACUCCUAAACGACGAAGGCUAGGAAUCUAAAAUGGGUCGUGUUAAGGGGAGGGCGCUAGCAAGGGGGGCAGGGCAAAUGUGUACUUUCUGCACAAGAAUGAAUAUGGAGCAUUGAGACCAGUCAAAGUCACCUUAAGAAGGAGAACGGGGGAGGAGGGAGAAUAAUGGAGGGAUGAACCAAACUGUGGCAUAAUAUAUGUACAUAUGGAAAUGUCACAA